AGAACCCUUUAAUAAGGCCAUUGGUCGAAGUGAUGUGUACAUCGAACGGUCAUAUAAUACACAAAACUGCUCGUUGGAGUGACUUUUUCAACGUCUAUACAUAUUAUUAAUAUAAUUGCAAUUUAUUAACCUAUAUUGAGAGUGGACGGAAAUGGAUCUGCUCUGCUGGAAAGAGAUGCGCGCGUCCACGACAUGGCACCUGUCCUGUUUUUUGCUGAUCGUCUUUCACCUUCAAGCAUCUCAACAGUCCGCCAUCGAUGUCGCCACCUCGCUGUCUAACAAGAGCACUACUUCGAACUCGGCAGAACCGGAAGUAACGAACCAGAUAGGCACGGAAUCUAGCUUCGAAACAUCAACAUUUUCAUCAUCGUCGUCUUCAUCAUCACAAUCGCAUUCUUCAUCAUCCUCAUCUACUCCAUCAAGUAAUAACACCAACAGCGCCACUACCGUUGCAAAAUCUAAAACGGAGCCUUUAAUACAGGAUGACGGUCCGGAAGUGGUCGACCUGCACGACAAACACGGCCAACAUGGGGACUCUGUCCCCCUGGCGCCUAUACACUUUUCGCACGUGAAAUACGCGCUGGUGUUCUCCGUAGUCGUAAUCGUCGCUGGACUCAGCAAGAUCCUGUUCCACCACUCCCACUUCCUGUCAUCACGAGUCCCCGAGUCAUGUGUUCUCAUUGUAGUCGGCAUCAUAUUCGGUCUCAUACUGAGAUUUUCAAACGCCUCAGAAAAGAUAACACUGUAUGAACCGCACGAGUUCUUCUUGUAUCUGCUUCCACCCAUUAUAUUGGAAUCGGCAUUCAGUCUACACGAUCGAACGUUUGCUGACAACAUCGGUGGAGUUUUGCUGUUUGCAGUAGUUGGGACAGUUCUGAACUGCUUCUUGAUAGGCCCGUCCCUAUGGGGUCUCUACCAAGUUGGCGCGAUGGAGGAGAUCGAUUGUUCUUUUGUUCAGAUUCUCGUGUUCAGUGCUUUGAUUGUUGCCGUCGACCCAGUAGCGGUGCUGGCAAUAUUUCAGGAAGUAGGGGUGAACAACACACUCUAUUUUCUCGUGUUUGGAGAGUCCUUGUUGAACGACGGUGUGACGGUCGUUUUGUAUAACGUGAUGCAGGUCUUUAACGGGUUCGAAACUAUCUCCGUUGGCCAUAUGUUUUUGGGCGUGGCCAAGUUCUUUAUCGUCUGUUCAGUGGCCACUCUGAUUGGUAUCGUCUGCGGACUGAUUGCCUCGUUCUUGACAAAGUUUACUAACUCUGUUAAAGUUGUUGAACCAAUGAUUGUGUUUGGCUUUGCCUACAUCUCGUACUUGCUUUCCGAAAUGUUCCAAUUCUCCGGAAUCGUCAGUAUCAUCGCGUGCGGCAUAGUUCUAGUGCAUUAUGCUUUUCAUAACGUGACAAAAAAGUCUAGAAUGGCGAUCAAGUUCGUCUCGAAAGUGAUGGCAAACGCUUGCGAGAUCAUUGUCUUCAUGUUUAUCGGGUUCGUUACCGUGAAUCAAACUCAUGACUGGAAAUCAGGAUUCAUUCUAUGGACCACACUUUUGUGUAUCGUUUACAGAUUCGUAGUAACCUACUCUCUAUCCUACCUCGUCAAUCGUUUUGCAUCAACUCGGGUCCGGAAAAUUAGUUACGACGAAAUGUUUAUGAUAAGCUACGGCGGACUUCGUGGAGCCAUUUGUUUUUCACUGGCCGCUUUAAUCGACGAGACCGCGAUUCCGGCGAAAAAGCUGUUUGUUACCGCAACCUUGUUCGUGAUUUUUUUCACAGUGUUCGUUCAGGGCGGGACCAUCAAAUGGCUCACGAAAAAGUUUCGUAUUUCAUUGGCUGACACUAGCAAGGAAAUGCGCAUCAAUGAGGAGCUGUCAUCACACGUAUUCGAUCACGUAUGUGCGGGUAUGGAAGAAAUCAUGGGCUACACCACCGGUCAACAUCAUUUGAAGGCCAAGAUAUACCACUGGGACGAUACCAUCAUUCGACCGAUACUGCUGCGGAACGCCACGUACACGGAGCUUGAGGACAUAUCUACUUACUACGAGAAACUGGUGAUGAAAGAACACUAUAAGAAUCUGCAGUUGAGUGGAGCGAAAAUACCGCGAGUGAAGUCAUCAAUUCGCCGUCUUGAUAGCACACUUGCGCUGGAAGAGUUGAAACACCAUGCAUCUGAGCUUGGGUCGACAGAAGCUCUACACGACACUGUUGCAAGACGAGAACAGGAAGUACAAGAAGAAAACAGACGACAUGGCGACGAACACCACAAAUUCUUUCCACAAACGCUGCGUGCCGCUUCAAGCCGGCUACAUCGAGCGGUUCACGAUAAGAACAUCACGGCGUCGAACGGUAACGCGUCCAGAAUGAUCAACCUCUUGCGCAAGAAGCAUACCAAGAACAGCAUGUUGAGCGAGAUGCGCGAGAGGAGUGAGCAGGGGGAUUCAUUCAAACCUGUGGCAGCGGCUCCUAGCAGCCUCUCCUUAAAUAGCGACGGUAGCACGACGUAUGAAGAAAACGGGAAAUCGAGUCAUGUUGUGUUCACAAUUCAGGACACGUUGUCUGAAGAAGACGAGACCAAGGGAGAUCAUGCAUACACGAACGCGACCUUUCACUUUUAAUUUGUAAAACUUCACAAUGUUCAUGUGAAAAUUGAGCCAUAAAUAGUCAUCUACGAACGGUCACGUGACAUUUGAGCUAUAAAUAAUGAAACUACUCACAUUAUUUUAAUACAUCACGUUUGUCUUGAGUACGCAUGUAUUCACCAUGUUUUAGGCCAAAACCUUUGAUUUUAUGAAUUUAUAAAUUGAAUGUCUAACUUCGGAUUUUUUAUAUAUAUUUUUAAAAUCUGUGUGCCUCAUAUGUUAUGAAACUGAUUUUAUUACAAAUUACCGGUUAGAAAGAUUUUAAAUCGUACAACUGCUUUUCAAUACGUAGUACAUUAGGGGGAUACAGGAAACGCCAGGGAUGUCCAGUCCGUAGACGCGCUUUGCAAAACAAUAUGCAAGAUUCACACUUGCAGACAAUUUUCUCACCAAAUGAAGUUUUGCAUGCGAGUUUAUACCAUCGAAUGUUUAGUAUUACAAAUUUUAUGUUCAUUUUUUAAUUAAGACAUUUUAUAACAUCACGUCUUUUAUUUAUAGCUGUAUUUAAAUUUUGUCUGGAGAAAAUCUCGAAAACUAAAUGAGCCAUAACUCUUGCUUUCGUUUUUCAGAGAGUUAUUGCCCUUGAUUAGUUGUUAUACUUCAAUUUCGUUCGAGUUUAUCGACAACUUUUUUAAGAAGUUCAGCUCUGAACUUAUUAUCUAUGAAGACCUCAUGCAGGAGGUUGAAGUGUAUACGACUCAUUACUAUUGCUUUAAUCAUUUCAGUUAUUUCUCCUUUAAACGUUGAUGGUGAUAUUUUUGCAUAUCUCGAUAAAAUGAAGUAUUGGUAUACCAACACAUCGUUCAUGCAUUAUAUAGCAUAUCUUGUGUGUUCUUUGUUGACAAAGCAGGGGUGGUCCUCAGACAUAUUAUGAUUUGAUCUCAUAUCUGUUUUUUUAUUGUUUUUAACUAUAUGCUUAUUUUGAGUCGUUUUUAUUCAUAACAUUUUUUUAUAUGUAAACUUUGUAGAAAGUGUAUAUAACUUCAUAAGACAUACUCGAAGACAUUCGUGGUAUGGGUUGUGAUAUAUUUUUAUAUUUUGUUUCUUUGUUUUUAUUUUUGUUUUUAUGUUUGUUUUUAGUUCUUAUAUUUGUAGAUAGGGUUUUAUCUGAAAAGCAAUCUGCUUUUGUAUGAUUGCUUUAACAGAUAUAAACUAUUUUGAAA